AUGUACAUACACACAAAUACACAUGCACAGACACAUGUACAUAUACACACAGACACAUGUACAUACAUACACAUGUACACACAGCCACAUACACAUGUACACACACACAUACAUGUACAUACACGCAGACACAUGUACAGAUACACACAUGUACAUACACACAGACACAUGUACAAUUGUACAUGCAUACAUAGACACACACAAACACACACACAUGUACACACACACACCUAUAAAAAGUUGCAGUACUUCGUUGUUCACUCACAGAGCUGGGUACUGCACUCUAGGGGGAGGCAGAGAGCACAGCACACACUCCUUGCUUUGCUUUCACUGCGCUCAGCUAUUGAGCAGUCUGACGGCUCCCAGUGACAAUGACAGAUCCAGCCUGGGCUCCAAGCCUGCUCAGCAAGAUGGCCCUGGGGGACACACUCGCCCCCACCAUAAGUUCCACUUGCCAUUGGCGAGCAGGCGAGUGGAAAUUUUAAGCCCUGCUUUAGUCUAU